AUGACGGCAGCAGCAAAUAGCUCGAGCUCCCGAAAGAGGAGCGUACUCAUUACAGGAUGCUCAGACGGCGGUCUCGGAGCCGCUCUGGCGCUCGAGCUACACCGGAGGGGACUUCACGUCUAUGCCACAGCACGCAAUCCAAAUAAGAUGUCCCAGGUGAAGGCACAAGGAAUUGAGACUUUGACACUGGACGUCCUGUCGCCCGAGUCGAUCUCUGCUGUGUCCCACAAGAUCACGCAGCUUGAUAUUUUGGUCAACAAUGCUGGCGGGAUGUAUGCGAUGCCGAUCUCGGAUCUGUCUAUCAGCAAGGCUAAAGAGUUGUUCAACUUGAACGUUUGGUCGAUGAUCGAAGUCACACAGGCAUUCUUACCACAAUUGAGGGCUUCGAAAGGCCUUGUUGUGAACAACACCUCAACAGCAGCCUUCUUCACACUGGCGUACCAAUCGACCUACAAUGCAUCGAAAGCCGCCGCCAUCAUGUUCACGGACUGUCUGCGGAUCGAGCUGGCGGCGUUCGGAAUCAAGGUUGUGGAUCUCAAGACCUCGAGCACGACGUCUCAAGGCUAUCCCAACCAGGCCUUAGCUGGAGACGUGAGCCUGCCGGCUGGAUCAUGGUAUGAGUGUGCUAGGGACGAGGUCCAAAAAACGAUGCGUGGCGAGAGAUACCCCGUGCAGGUGACUGCAGAGACGUGGGCUGCACAAGUCUCAAACGAUCUGCUGAAGAAUGACAAUCCACCGUCCAGCAUCUGGAGAGGGACGAAUGCGUGGGCAGCCUGGUUUACAACCAGACGACCAUUUGCACUGCCAGAGUCGAUGAUCAGAAAGAUGUGCGGCGUAAAUAUGGUUGAGCGGUUGGUUGCAGCCUCUGCUGAGUCCAACGACAGCUGGCUGAACCGCAAUGUUACGUCUACAUUAUUGACGUUGUCGCGAAUAGCUUGUCAGCAUCCUAUACAUUCGAUCGUGGCAAUUGCCCUAUUCGCCAGCACAUCGUACGUUGGCUUGCUGCAAGAGUCACUGUUCGACACGGGACUGCCUUCACUUUCGAAGAAUGGGCGGCUCGACACAAAGGCCCUUCUGAAGGGCAGUCGCUCCCUCGAGCUAUCACAGAAUACAGACUGGAAAUGGCUCUCACAUGACAACGAGCCAGUGCCCGCAGUCGCAGAUGAUAUCGACCACUUAGCACUAACGACAUUCAUCUUUCCCGACUCGUCCUCCGCACAAUUGGCACCGAACGCUGCUUCAGUCGCUUUUCCAUCCAACAUUACCGCUGUGAACGUACCGAGCACCUCCAAUGUACUUUCGCAAUUCUCUCAAGACAGCACCCUGGCAUUUUACUUUCCAUACAAGAACAUUGUCGAAUUUCUACGAGCCGUACAGGAGCUGCCUGCCACCAGACCUGCCGACGCUGCUGCUGCCGACAAGCGGUGGGUCAUGAAAGCGGCACGCAUCAAUGGUAAUGGUCAUGCUUCCUACAUCCUCUGGCUGCAAGAGGGAUGGUCAUCUUUCGUGGACCUGCUCAAGCAUGCCGAGACUCUCGAUAUCGUCAUCAUGGCUCUUGGGUAUUUGUCGAUGCAUCUCACCUUCAUCUCACUUUUCGUGUCCAUGAAGCGUUUGGGGUCCAAUGCCUGGCUAGCAGUUUCCGUCCUGUUCUCCAGUCUCUUUGCUUUCCUGUUCGGCUUGGCUGUGACCACGAAGCUCGGAGUUCCAAUCAACAUGGUCUUACUGUCCGAAGGGUUGCCAUUUCUGGUAGUCACAGUCGGAUUUGAGAAGUCCAUCAUACUCACCAAAGCUGUCCUAUCUGCCUCAUAUGAUGUGCGUAAAAAGCCGUCAGACAAGCCGGCACCCAAUGGCAAUGCCAUCGCACCCGCAUCAGCCGCCCAUGCGCCACCAUCGAUCCAAGAUGCCAUCCAAUUAGCAGUGAAGGAAACUGGAUUCGAGAUCGUACGCGACUAUAUGAUCGAGAUCGCGAUUCUGAUUGCUGGUGCCGCGACCGGUGUGCAGGGUGGUUUGCGACAGUUCUGCUUUCUCGCUGCCUGGAUCUUGUUCUUCGACUGCGUCCUACUCUUUACGUUCUACACAACGAUACUGUGCAUCAAGCUUGAAAUCAAUCGCAUCAAGAGGCAUGUGGCACUUCGCAAAGCUUUGGAAGAGGACGGCAUCAAUCGACAUAGUGACAAGGGGUCGGUGUUCAACAUCUUUGGACAGAAAGUCAAGCCAAACAGCGUCCCGAAGUUCAAGAUCUGGAUGGUUACUGGGUUCGUGGUUAUCAACCUUGUCAACCUCUGUACCAUUCCUUUCAGACCUACGACCAAUCUGAAGACUCCAGCAGCUGCGAUAUCGUCUGUGCUUACCCCAGCGCCGAUUGAUCCUUUUAAGGUUGCCGAGAAUGGCCUGGACAGCAUCUAUGUGAGUGCAAAGAGCAAUCAUGUGGAAACCUAUGUGACUGUGCUACCUCCAAUUAAGUACGAGUUGGAGCCAAUUAAUCCAUCAACUGGUGGCGUGGAUGAAUUUGGAUUCUUUGAUCACGAAUACACCGACCAAUUCUUCAAUGUCGUUGGUGGUAGAGUUAUUGAAAGUCUUCUGAAAAGUCUCGAAGACCCAGCUCUCAGCAAAUGGGUCUUGAUCGCCCUGACCCUGAGCGUUAUUCUGAAUGGGUAUUUGUUCAACGCUGCAAGAUGGAGCUUGAAAGAGCCACAGACUCCAGCUGUCUCCCCAGCAGUCCCUGUUAUCUCAGCACCGACGUCUCCUGUGGCUCGCCGCAGCAAGAUGAUCAACACUGAGGCUGCUUCAGAUCGAUCGCGAGAGGAGUGUGAAGCUCUUCUCAAAGAAAAGAAGGCAGCUCAUCUUAACGACGAAGAACUCAUCGAUCUCUCGUUGCGAGGCAAAAUACCAGGCUACGCAAUCGAAAAGACUUUGGAGGAUCCAAGCCUCAUGACCCGACUGGAGUCGUUCACCCGCGCUGUUAAGGUGCGUCGAGCAGUGGUCUCGCGUACUCCAGCCACUAGGGACAUUACAUCGCUGCUUGAGUCGUCCAAGACUCCUUACAAGCACUUCAACUACGAGCUUGUGCACGGCGCUUGCUGUGAGAACGUCAUCGGGUAUCUGCCACUUCCGUUGGGAGUUGCCGGUCCGCUUCUGAUUGACGGAGAGAACUUCUUCAUUCCAAUGGCCACGACAGAAGGCGUUCUGGUCGCUAGCACAAGUCGUGGCUGCAAAGCCAUCAACGCGGGCGGUGGAGCCGUGACUGUGGUCACUGGAGACGGCAUGACUCGAGGCCCUUGUGUUGGCUUCCCUACCCUUGCCCGCGCUGGACAAGCUAAAGUAUGGCUGGACUCUGAAGAUGGCCGGAAGACCAUGACAGACGCUUUCAACUCAACGUCCCGAUUCGCUCGACUUCAAUCAAUGAAGACAGCUCUGGCUGGGACCUACCUCUACAUUCGGUUCAAGACAACGACUGGCGAUGCCAUGGGUAUGAAUAUGAUCUCGAAGGGCUGUGAGAAGGCUCUAGAGGUUAUGUCAACCGUCGGUGGCUUCGACGACAUGGCCACCAUCUCACUUUCUGGCAACUUCUGCACCGACAAGAAACCGGCGGCUGUCAACUGGAUAGAUGGCCGUGGAAAGGCAGUGGUCGCGGAAGCCAUAAUCCCUGGCGAUGUGGUCCGGAACGUACUGAAGAGCAAUGUGGACGCUCUCGUAGAGCUGAACACUUCCAAAAAUCUUAUUGGCAGCGCCAUGGCUGGAAGCAUUGGUGGGUUCAAUGCUCAUGCAUCGAACAUCGUGACAGCGGUGUUCCUGGCUACGGGACAAGAUCCGGCCCAAAACGUGGAGAGCAGUAAUUGCAUCACGAUCAUGAAAAACAACAAUGGAAAUUUACAAAUCAGCGUCUCGAUGCCUUCGAUAGAAGUUGGCACAAUCGGUGGAGGUACAAUCCUCGAAGCACAGUCAUCUAUGCUCGAAAUGCUCGGUGUCCGGGGCGCACACCCUACGAACCCGGGCGACAACUCGCGAAAGCUGGCCAAGAUUGUGGCAGCUGCAGUAUUGGCCGGCGAACUCAGUCUCUGCAGCGCUCUUGCGGCAGGACAUUUGGUGAGAGCGCAUAUGGCUCAUAACCGGAGUGCUGCACCUACAAGGGCAGCGACGCCGGUCAGCGCUGCCGUUGAGCCAUUUGUACGCGCGCAAAAUGGUCCAGCGGUACCUACUGGCUUGAGGAUGACUAACGGAGCGCGGUAG